AUGGUUUUGAAGAUUGCAAUAUUGGUGAUUGUUGCAUGCGCUUGUUUAAGCGUUGCUUCUAAAGAAGCAGAGCAGAAACCUCCCGAAAGUGUUGUUGUCGUCGACAAUCAUGUUGAGCGAAGACCCAUCCCUGAAAUAAAACCCGACUUAACGACUAAAGAGCCUGAAACCAAGCCGGUUACCCAUACUGCAGAAAACGGAGCUAAACCUAUCCCAGAGAAGCAGAAAUCACCGGCCCAAUCCAUCGAAAAUCACACAUCUGAGCACCAAAAUGAAACAGAAAUCGAAACCGAGCCGAAAGUCGAAGCCAGAACUGAGCAUAAAGACGAAAUGAGACCAGCAGCACAGCAGUCAGGUGGACGUCAAUUCGCUCCUAUGUACCAACCAAUAUUUCCUCCCCCUUCAGGCUUCAACAUGAUCCGUCGUCAAUUGGGUGGUGGCAUGGAAAUUUUGGGUGACAUCGUGAUGAUGGGCAUGAUUGGACUACCAAUUCUCGGACUUCUGACCGUUGGUUCUUCCUCCAUCGCCAACUUUUUGGGCUUCGGAUCCAACAAGUCCACCUCGAAAAGGAGUAAGAGAAGUUUGAAAGAGAAAGCAGCCGGAGCAGUCGAGUAUGCCAAGAACUUAUGGGACGUUAUGGAAGAACUGGAGAAAGCUUUUGAAAAAUACGGUUUGUACCAGGCCGAGUGCCGUACUAGAGCUAUGUGUGAAGCCCACCAGAAAACACCUAGGAUGGGAAAUUGGGGACAAACCCUCCUGGACCUCAUGAGGAAACAAAAGGAAUUAGAGAACCGCGAGAUUCUUCCCGUCUCCCGAUUUUUGUUUUCCAACUACGUGGAAGCGGCUCAAGUGGGCAUGAAGGGAGAAGACUGCGGAGUGGCCUACCCCGAGUGCGCACAGCACCUCGCCUACUACACCAGCGAUAAAGCAGACGAGGUCGAAAACGAAAUCCAUGGUCCCGAGUGAGCACUCGUCGUCUUAGUUGGGUAGUAAUG